UUAAAACUGUUGAACCUUUAAUUGUAUAGACAAAUAUCUGAGCCGCCAGGACGAAGUGGAUAGAUCUUUAAUUCACCAUAUAAAAUGGAGACAAUGAAGCUUCUAGUCGUCUGCGCCAUUUUGUUUCUACCAUUCAUCAUACCUGCAUUAACUGAUGACAGCAGCGAAGAAACAGAGCCAGGGGUCACCCAACAGACGGUGCUGACGACAACACAACCUGAGAUCUCUGAGUCAGUUGUCACACAAGAGACGGAGCUGGCCACUCCCGAGCCUGAUAACUCCGAGUCUGUAUCUCCCUUAACUACUCCCCCUACAAAGAAAACAAAUUCUGACAUCAACAAAUCACAGACGGAAUCUGUUGUGGAUCCGUCCGAUACUUCUACGAAUCCAGGUUUUAUGUCUGAUUCAUCUGGCAGCUUGCCUGGGGCCCUAGUGGAAUCCACAGAACCCCAGGCUUCCAGAUCUGAGAUCAAAUCUUAUGGAAACCCCCUUUCUGGAUCCGAAUCAAUGCCAGAAUCCCCCAAUCCACCUUUGACCACCUCUGGAGUUAUGGACGAUUCAUCUGGAUUCCUGUUGGAUACGUCCAGAGCUUCAUCCUCUGGUUCCGGAUCAUUAAUUGAGACUUCCGGAGUCUCAUCAUCUGUUCCCGGGUUAUAUGCAGAAGCUUCCGGUGCUCUUACAUUAGGUUCUGAAUCAGUGGUUGACACAUCUAUUGCUGCUUCCUCUGCUACUGGGAUAAAUUUUGGAACAUCUGGCACCGCUUCCGCUGGUUCAGAAUCAAUGGUGGAGACAUCUGGUGGCAAUUUGUCGAAUCAGGAAUUCAUGACGGGAUCAUCCGAUACCUCUUUGACCGGUUCCUCUUCCACAGGUUACGGAUCAAUGCCGGAAUCGUCUGGUACCUUGUCUGGAUCCAUGGUAGAAUCCAACGGCGCUUUUUCUUUGGGAUCAGCCGGUGCAUUCAAGAGUACAUCUCAGUCAUCACAGAAUUCAGAGUCAUUUUCCUCAUCACAUGUUCAGAAAGCAGAACCGGAAAUGUUGGGGCCCGGAAUCCUACCUGCAUCGGAAGUGUAUUCUAGUGGAACUCAUGUCAGUCCAGUGGCAGAAAAGCCAUCUGCCUCGUUUUCAGCUUCCGAGAUCACGUCUUAUGGCGGAUCUCCCGUUAGUUAUAACGCAGAAUCAUCUGUUAACGUUUUCUCACUUCAGGGGUCAUCUAACAAAGCUUCCUCUGCCUCGUCUGCUCAUUCUGUUGAAUCUUCUUCCGCUGGAUCCAACCAAAUCAUUCCCGACUCCAAAAGCGGCGGACUUUCAUUUAAUGCAGGUGCUGUAUUUAGUCCAGGCUCACAGGCUUCAUCUGUAGUUUUGAAUUCAGUUGCAUCAGUAACACAAGCUCCAAAGACCACGCCCAUUCCCAUCACACAAGAGCCCCCAAAGAUCACUUCGCCAAAUCUUACGACUCCCAAUGAACCUACUACAAAGAUUCCGUCUGCAAAAGUCAAUUAUCUUAACAAAACACAGAAACAAGCUGCCAAAUCUGUGUCCAGAAUCACAAAAAAAGUGAACAGAAUAAUCAACUUCCAUCGCCAGAGAUUUACUUUUUAUCGAUGUCAGACAUCAUGUUUAGUGGACUCUAUACGGUGCAUGCGCAGCUGCAGAACAAAUACUACUUUUAUCUUGUAUAAAGACAAUUAUCUAGAGUGCGGAAAGAAAUGCAGAGUGAGGCAGUAUCAUUGUAAGAAGUUAUGUCAAACUGAACUCAGAAGAGAACGAAUAGAGCAGAUUCAAAAAUUACGAGCUCCUAGGAUACCCCAGUAAACAAACAAAGGUUUUCUAGGAAACCCAAGUAAACAAAUCAACGGGCUCCUUGGCGCGCCAAUCAUAGACAUUGGGUUCCCCAUACAAUAUGUGAGAAUCACGCUUUUACAUGUUUUCAUGUUGUUUUGCAUGGAAAGAGCAGUAUUAUAUAUGGGCAAUAAAAGAAUAUAAUAAUUUCUAUACAUAAUACAUGUACCGGUAGUUGCUCAAAACAAAAGGUAUUAGUAUGAUAGUAUCGCUAUUUAUCAAACGUGUUUCGUACCUGAGGA